CGGAGGAGGAGGAACACGUUACAGAAACUGUCACCCAGUGUUAUGUAAAAAAAGUAUCACUAAGCUGGAAAGGCUCGUUAAGCACUGCACUACUGUAGUGUGUGAGGUUUCCUUUCUCCGACCUUUUUUUUAAUUGUCCAGCCGGCGGAUGACUGCCGGUGUGUAAGUUUAGAACAUGCAUUUUGAUGCAUGCACUCUUGAAGUCCUAAGAGUGCAGCAGCUUCUUUAUCUGGAGCUGGAGUACUUGUUGCUUAUGUUGGCUGCUGAAAAGUAUGGCGUAUAUUUUGGGUGCAGAGCAAGUCCCGAAGUUGUUUCUGAAAUUCUUGGUGCUUUUUGUCAUCACCUUCUGUAAUGGAGCCGUUGAUCCUACGAGUCCAGGUUCAGCUGAGUUUGCCUUGGGAGAGUUUCAGAAUGUGUCAUUGAAGGCUAACACAUCACUCGGAGCUCAUCUGCCCAGUAUUCCACCGAACAUUUCUUUUAUAAUAGUGCAGAUGCACACGCACUACCUAAAUGUAACCGUCUCCAUCAGUGAGUUACCUGCUACAAAUUCAUCUAAAACUGGUGAUGGCAGCGGGCUUUUCUACAGACUUGGAGAAGGACAGAAUAAGCUCACCUGGUACAUGGAAUCUUUAAACCUGAAGAAGGUGUCUGGGUUAGCAGCUGCUUUACCAUAUACAGAGAAUGAUCCUGUCCCUGGAGGAUGUAACCUGGAGUUUUCAUUGGAGACAGAUCCAAACAUCUACUUAAAGUAUAAUAUAUAUGAAACAGUACUACAGUUUGCACCAGCCAAUGUUGGUUAUGGCAGGGGAAAGCCUGAACCAACUUGUGAUGUCUCAACUGACGAAGACUCCAGAUGGCGCUUGCAGUAUGACAUUCAUCAGUACUUCAUACCUGAAAACGACCUUUCUGAGAACACUUUCCUACAGCAUCUCCAGAAGAUGACAGAUGUAAAACAGAUCAGACUCAACAGUAAGAAAAUUGCUACUUUAACUUCUAGGGACAAGACCCUAAUGCUGUUCUCCACUAUCCCAGGACAGGGAGUGAUUUAUAACAUCAUUGUUUGGGAUCCUGUGUUAAACACAUCAACUGCUUAUAUACCUGCUCACACAUAUGCCUGUACCUUUGAUGGCACUGUGAACAGCUGCUACUUGCUAGGGAAAAUUUCCUCUAAAAUAUUUUUCACUUUAACUGCGCUACUUGGACUCUUUGUCUGUUUCCUUGGGCAUAGGUUUUUCAAAGUGGAGCUCUUCUUCGUGGGGUUCAUCUUUGUGGCCUUUUUAUUCUUCAUUUUAAUCACCAAAACAACAGAUAUGAUAUAUGAUGGACGGUUAUGGCUGUCUGCUGUGGCAGGAGUUGUAGGUGGAGGUAUGCUAGUUCUGUUCUGGUGGAGAUUUGGCUCUGUGGUCUUCUGUAUGCUGUUUGUUGGACUGACUUUUGGAUUUAUGUUAUCAUCAAUCAUUCUCUUCACACCAUUAGGAGAGUUGAUUUUUUUCCGGGAUGAUAUUGGCUUCUGGGUUCUCUUUUCAUGUAUAAUGGUGGUGGUAGCUGCAGUCAACAUUAUCUGGUCAAAAGUGUUAAGUAUAAUAGCCUGUGGCAUUCUUGGAUCGUAUGCUGUAGUUAUAGGGAUUUACAGCUACAUGUACACAAGCAUGAGUUACAUUACUUUAAAUGUUCUGAAGAGACUCUUAAGCAGAAACUUCCGCAAGGCAUACACAAAAGUUCCUUUCCAAGAUUUUGAUUAUGUCAUCAUUGCCAUUUGGGUGUUUUUGGCCUUCUCUGGAAUAUUGCUGCAAUUUCAUUUACAAAAACAGCAGCCAGAUUUUCCACCAAACCCGUAUGAAGUGUGGAUUCAGGAUAGGCAGCGCAGGAGCACAAACAUAUUGGACCCCAGUCACCAUGUCCCUCCUCUGCGAGAAAGAAUCCAAAAGAAAUUCACACAGCUUGGCAACAUUUUCCAAAAAGAGCAGCCAGCAGGAGAGAGGACGCCACUGCUUAUGUAACUGACCUUAUUGUAAUUAUUGCCAAAAGCUGUUUGUGAUUAGACACUAUUAUUUCCUUUAUGAUAAGUAUACGUUAUGGUGCUUUGAUCUACUGAAAUAAUCAUCCUGGAGUGCAGUACUUGCAUCACUGCACAGUCUGUCUGGCCUUCCUUUUUCAUACACGCUGCUGUUUGGAUUUGAUGGAGAUGUAGUUGUAAAGUUAUGCUGAGGGUGAAUACAGACCACUGACAAUUGUCAUAUUUCAGUUUCAGGUGAUGUUACCAUUUUUUCAGGGCACACACAUUAAGAUGUACAGUGGCGGAUAUGAUACUUUUCUGUGAGCCAAAUGUUUGGGCCUUAUUCUCCUAACUACAGUCUCAUGAGAAACAGCACCAUUUUAUCCUUGAAUCUGUUGGGGAAGUCUGUAGAGAUUAUUUUUUUCAGUUGUUCAUGAAAAAUUUCCCUUAGCUAUAAAAUCAUAAGAAUUCACACUGAGCAUCUAUUUGUUGCAUCCUGCCAGUGAAUUCAAGCUACCUCAUUAGUGUAUAAAAUUAACACAACUUUAAAUGCCCUUUGCAUCAAGAUCCACUGAUGUUAAUUUACAAACUGGAGCAAGGGCAGUAUCUCUUUCAGUAAAUGCUGUUAUGAGAUAAUUUAUUGUUCAGUAACUGUUUGCAUGACAUUGCCAUUAAUUCUAAAUAAUACUGGGGAAGUCAAUGGUUGAAGAUGAUUGUGGUUUUAUUGAUGCCAUAUCUUUUGGGGGGGGGUCUAAGGUAUGUUGGAAGCCUACUACACAAAAACAUAACAGUGGAUAAAAGUUUGUGUUCCUGAGAGUACACCAUUUUUUAUUUAUGCUAAUUUAUAUUUUACAGUUUGUUUUUUUCCCGAGCUACUGCACUUUAUAGUAAGUUUGAAUUGCUAUGUUUUAAGUUGUAAGACAGAAAUGCCAUUAUUCAAGUUAAUUAAUUACAGACCUGUGAAACUGGGAGUAUUAUCAUAUAGUUAUAAGAUCUUGUCUUCAGUUCUAAUUGAUGUUUUAAUUUCCAUAUACAGAUCUGCUCACUUUUCAUACACUGGAAAGGAAUACUGUUACUACAGAUGAUUCUUGACCUUUUUUCUAAAUGAUAAAUUUAGUCUUCUAAUACGUGGAAAAGUUGAAUGGUGGUGUGAAUUGUCCCAUAGUUAGUGUUCAGUGAAUUGUCCUGGGGAUAGUGUUCGGUUAGUAUGGGAGCAGUUUAUCAAGUGAUUGUUAUUUACACUAAUUCUGUGGAUGUACAUUCUAAGUAUAGUUGCAUGCGUCCUCUUCUCCUGGUAAAUGAAGCAUUCAGUCGUGGUGGUAGAUAGACAGCUGCUAACAUCAGCAGGAUUAAUAAAAUGCUUAUUUCCUUGUGCUGUUGUAAGAGUAAAGAGUUGAAGUCACUGUGUCUCAUGCAGAUGCACUUUGUCAUUCUGCUGACACAGACUUAAUGGCGAAUGAUUCUUGAAAUCUCAGAAACUCUGCGUUUUAUGAUUUUUUUGCUGAUAAUUAAGCAACCCCCAGGCACCUGUCUUGAAGAGCUACACUCAAGCACAUUUUGUUUGGUACUCCUCUGGGGAACAGCAGAGGGGGAGUAUCUUAAUCAUAUACAUCAUAGCGUUACUGUUUUUUGUACAUUUUGACAUGAUUUCUUGCAAACUUGAGAUUGACUGUAAUUAUUGACAAAUAUCAGUGUGUUUAAGAUAUGCAUACAUACCCAAGUCUGACUUCCCUUUUACAGUUUUUGUGCCUCAUUUCUGAACAUAUUGCAAGAGUAGGAGUAGUGAUUUUUGGCAUUCUUCUCUACAAAAGUUUGACUACCUUGGUUCAGUUUGUGGAAACAACAAAUUUUUGUGGAUCAACAAGUGCUUUCAGGAAUAUACUUAAGCAGUAAAGUACAACGUGUUGAUUGUUGGAGAAUUUUUAUAGGUGCUACCUGUGCUGUUACAAAGCACAACCAGGCCCUUAACUAUACAGACAUUCCUUUUACUAAAGUGCCUUAUUUGUUUAUAAAUUACAUGAUACAUGAAACUUUUAUAAAUAUAUUCAUGUACUGCUGUUUAUUAGCUGUUAUUCCAUAUGUGCCAUAGCUGACCAGUAAGAUUGCAGACUGUCUCUCUCUCCUAUACUGCUUUUCCAUAUGGUAGCACUUAGACUGUAAUCAGUAGGCCAUAUGUAGUGUUGCACAUUUCUGUUUCUGAUUUAUUUUAUAUUAUCUUAUAGUUUUGCACAGUAGCCUGAAAUUUGCAGCAUUAUGUAUCAGUUAUGGGUUAACAAGCCACUGUUUUAAAUCUGUUCUGACUUCCUCAGAAAUUUUUGUUAAAUUUCUAGUAGCAAACAGUAAUAGCAUGUAUAAAAGAUGCAGUAAAACA